AGAGGGGGGAUGAGGCUUCACUUUUAUACCGACCGUUACCAUUUUGAAUCGCCCAACGAGAAAGCAGUGGCAUAUGAUUGGUGCGCCACCACUGGUCCGUUAUGUCAUAUAUACCGUGCCAUUGCCUGCGUUCCGACAUUCAGUCUUGAACCAUCACUACGAAAGGGUGUAUUUCAAGUCUACGAAAUCGUUGCGAAGAUGCCUCCAAAAGCAAGUGGGAAAGCUGUGAAGAAAGCUGGUAAAGCUCAAAAGAAUAUCAGUAAGACUGAUAAGAAAAAGAAGAGGAGAAGGAAGGAAAGCUAUGCUAUCUACAUCUAUAAAGUGUUGAAGCAAGUCCAUCCUGAUACUGGUAUAUCUAGCAAAGCUAUGAGUAUCAUGAACAGCUUUGUAAAUGAUGUUUUUGAGCGCAUUGCUGCUGAAGCUUCACGCUUAGCACAUUACAAUAAGAGAUCAACCAUUACAUCUCGGGAGAUCCAAACUGCUGUGCGACUUUUAUUGCCCGGUGAAUUGGCAAAACACGCUGUUUCCGAAGGCACUAAAGCAGUUACUAAGUACACCAGCUCGAAGUAAAUGCUUUACAGCAUUCCCUAAUCGGCCCUUUUCAGGGCCAACAAAUUGUAUUUCGUAAAUCAGUCUCGUUGCCAACAUAUUUUCCAAUUUUCAUCUCUUGAUAUUAGAUCAGAUCAACUUAUGAAUUACUUCCUAAGUUUUUUUAUAACUGUUUUAAACAUCUUAAGUGUGAAAAGUAACUACACUAAUUGUCAUAACGUUAGUUACAUUAUUUUAUCAUUUUAAUUUAAAAUCUUAAGUCCUGAAUAGUUUCCGCGGUUGCUAUUUGACUUGCGCAGUAUGUACCGUGUAACAACCAAUAGAGCGAUCAAUGAUUUCAUUUCUCUUCUAAUUUAUAACAUUAUAUUCAUUUUAACUUAUAAUAUAAAAUGUAAAAUAAUGCAUCAACAUUUUCAACAGUAAUAAUAAUGAAGGAAGUGUUACAUUUGUUACAGAUGAUAUGAUCUAAAACUGACUAUAAGUUAUCUCACAUAAUUUUAUAUUAUUAAAAAAUUUUACACGUGCUCUUUUCUGUUUAACCAUAUAAUAUUGAAGUAUGAAAUUUGUGAUUAGUAAUUGUUUUGAUAUCAUUAGUAGAAAUACUGCAACGACAUUGAUUUUAUAUAAUGCAGAUGGAGUGAGCGUUCCUGUUUGACGAUACAUUUGCGUCUCAGACGUUGUGGUGUACAGACGUGUUUCAAUUCUCGUGCGUAAUAUUGCGUUCUAUUUCCAAGCGAUCAUUUAUUGUUGUAAUUCAGAUAUUGAAGUUGUUGUGACUAUCCUUUGAGGCUAGUACCGAAGAACUCAAGAUCCGGAACAUACCCUUAAAGGGUUUUCUGAGACCUUAAGACCAACGGUCUCUGUGAAAGCGAGCCUGUACUGUCCGCCGACACCCUUGUCGAGGAUUCUCCAGGCUACUACUGAUCCACUCCCUGUGCCUUGGAAUCCCAACAAAGAUAAUAAGACGGCCAUAUGCAACCCCACCAUGGUGCAUGAUGCAAAUGGCGCUGUAUAGGAGAAGCUAUGGGGUCUAACGUGAUUGGUGCGCUGUAGGCAACGUU